UUGGUAACUAAUAUCAAGCUAUCCUCUGCGCUGAGCUGAACAACCUCUUCCCGCAGGACCUAGAAGAUUUCUGUUUCGUCAAACACUGGGCCGUCUCCAGAGUGAAGAGGCUAAGUUUAGUAAAGCUGAGAAGAAUGUGAAAGAGUUGAGCCUGUCUGUUGACUUAAUGAAAAAAGAGAGUAAAAAGCUGCUUGAAAGAGCGGCUCUCGCUGAAAAGGAUAUGAAACGGGGCCUGUCUGAGCUCAUGGAUGCUGGAAAUCAGAUCCAAAGUGUUGGAAAAACUGUUUACAAGGUUGAAGCUCAAGCUGCUGAUUUGAUGGAUGUGCUGCGGGAAAUUCCGGGUAGAGAGGCUUUAAAGCUACGAGCAGAGGUUGCUUCUAUGGCGUCGCAUCUACGUCAACAAAGGACUGCAAUUGACAAAAGGAUUGUCAAGGUUUCUGAACUAGGUGUUCCUAUAUGAGGACUUAGGAUGAGUAUUGAGGAGGGCUAUAUCAUAUGGAUGAACAGUUCAUCUGCCACCCCCCCCCC